AUGUCAGUGUCGGAUAUGAACGUGUCCAACAAUGCAGAAUUCUCUGCAAUUCGCAUCCGACUGGCACUGGAUAUGGUUCCUAACUGGGGCCUCCAAUUUAAUUGGCAAGACCACAUUGUGUGGUAUGAACCAACUGACAUCCAGAAGGCCAGCAAACCAUGGCGGGCUGGCAAAGGUGACAAGGUUUCCUUUUCAUCACCAAACUUGAAUGAAUUGCGAUCCAUUUGCAAACACCUUAGUUUAGGUGAACUGCCUCCUCACGACCAUGUCACUGAAGGGGAAGAGUUGACUGACCUAUUGGGGGCUAUAGUACGCACAGCUGCCCCACUCUUGGACACCAUGUCAGCACUCAUGGUAACACUGGGCCCACAGGGCUUCAUGAUUUUACGCAAGGCAUCACCCGAGAAGAGCAACGACCCACUUCUCCUUCUGCCUCCUGCCCCUCCUUCCUCAGAUCGCGUUAUUGGUCUACACUUCCCCGGUCUGAAGAACCCCAAGAUUGUCUCUGUAUCUGGAGCUGGUGAUUG